CUUCAAAAUGUCAGAUUGGAACAGCGUAUCAGAUUCUCCUGACAUCCCUACUGAUGGCCCUACGUCAACCAGUACCAGCAAUGAUGAUAAAGAUCAAGGAGAAAAUGAAGAGAUGGAAGAGCAAGAAGAAUCAAUGGAUGAGGAUGAGACAUAUGAGUCCCCAAGACCUUCAGCUUCACUAACGGACCAGAUCAAAGCCAUGCAACAAGGUAUGACCAUGAUUAGCCGUAACAUGAGCUACCUGAUGCAGAGGGCUACACGGGAAGAGGAAGAUCGGAAGAGGAAAAUUGACAGCCUUAAGGAUAGUUUGGAUGUCAAUGAAAGUCAACUCAAAAGCCUCAAGGGUAAAAAAAAGAAACUGGAAGCCAAUUUACUGAAGGCCCAAGAGUGCUCAAAUGCCCAGAGGGUUGCUACCUUGUACAAGACAAUAAAUACUCUACAAACCACUAUAUUCUCAUCUUUCUAUCCAAUAAGAAACAGAUUCAAAACAAAUGGCCGUGUCAUGAUGAUCAACACACACUUCACAGUCAAAGAGAUGGAAGAAAGAAGUGGUGCAGAAAGAGACACUCAAAAACUAGAAGAGGCUUUUAAAAGUCUGCAGGUCAACACUGAAGUGAAGCCUCAUCAGAACCUCAAACUGCCCGAAAUGCUGAAAGCACUAAAGGAAGAGGCCAACAGAGACCACGAUAACGAAGAUUUCUUUGUUUGUUGUAUUAUGAGUCAUGGGACACAGGGCAAGGUGUAUGCUUCUGAUGGUUUUAGUAUUGAUAUUCUUGACAUUCUUUCUUUAUUUAAGGAGAAACGAUGCUCUUCUCUUAUGAGUAAACCCAAGCUCUUUUUCAUCCAAGCCUGUCAGGGGGAUAAAGAACAAGAAAUAGCUGGUCCUUACCGCGAUGCUUUCAAUUCACCCUCACUCACUCAAGCAAGCUACACUACAGAGGCUGAUUUCCUAAUUGCUCUAGCUACAGUACCUGGGUAUGUGGCAUACAGGGGGGAGGAUGGGGCUGACUUUGUGAAUGUUUUGGCAAGGGUGUUGAAGGAACAUGGAAAAUCCCAAGACCUGAUGAGUAUGAUGACAAUAGUAAGUGAGGAACUAAACAACAAAUAUGGCAACAGUCCUUUCUGUAGUACGACACUCCGGCGCAAGCUGUUCUUCACUCACAACUUGCCUGUCAGGCCUAAUACAGAGAGUUAAAAUGAGAAUGUCAAUACCAUUAACAGCGAGCAGAUUACAAUUGGACUGAGCAGUUGUGUUUGGACUAUUGCUUGUAGAUUUUCAAGUUUUAUAACUGUCAGAUAAUAUGUGUCAGAUAUUUUGUAUGAAGGUUCUAUGUUACACAAUGCAUCAUAAUACCUCCCAGUGAGAGUUUUCAUGCUUCAUUAAAAGCAUCGAACCUUCCCACAAAAUAUCUGACACAUAGGUAUAAAAGUCUACAAGCAAUAGUCCAAAGACAACUGCUCAGUCCAAUUCUGCUCGCUGUUUGUUGUUUGUGGCAUUGAGUACAGAUGCUUUAGCCAGAGUAAAUAAUUAGCAAGACAAGGGUGAGCAUGCAAUGGUAGCUAAGAAGAGUGAGAUCAUGGCAAGGUUAU